AUGGGUUCUUGGAGGAAUUCAAGCACAUCAUCUACAAAGCUUUUAUGGUCGAUUUUGCCGUUCAUGGCGGUCGGUGUUUUUAUUGCGGUGACGAAAUCCAAUUGGGUUGAUGGGUCAAGGUAUUACCCGUGGGUUCGGAGCUCCGUGAUUACUUAUUCUCCUUCUUCUUCUGUAAUCAAAGAUAAUUUAGCGGUGGCAGCAGAAGGUCCUGUUUCAUUGGGGCUGAGGUCAACGGCGGUGGAUGGUGGUGGCGAGGUGGCUGAAGGGCCGUCGGAAGAUUAUGUGUUUAACCAGACUUCUAAUUCUUCUUAUCCACCACUGGCUAUGGAAGAUGAUUUGGAUGUUGAGUUGCCUCCUAUUGCCAAGGAAGAUGAUUUAAACGUGACUUUUACUGGACCAGACCUUUUUGUUUCUACAAAUCAAACUGUUGGAUUUUCUGUUGAUACACGAAUCAACAGAAAAUACACCAGUUUGGAUAAACUUGAAGCGCGUCUUGGACGGGUUCGGGCUGUGAUUAAAGAAGCCGAAUCCGGAAAUCAAACUCAUGAUGCCGAUUACGUCCCAUAUGGUCCAAUGUAUUGGAAUGCCGCCGCUUUUCACCGGAGUUAUUUGGAGAUGGAGAAGCAAUUUAAGGUUUUUGUGUAUGAAGAAGGAGAACCUCCAAUAUUUCAUAAUGGUCCUUGCAAGAACAUAUAUGCGAUGGAAGGUAAUUUUAUUUACCAUAUGGAAACCACCAAAUUUCGAACGAAAACCCCCGAAAAAGCGCACGUGUUUUUCCUCCCGAUGAGUGCUGCGAUGAUGGUUCGGUUUAUCUUCGAGCGUGAUCCUAAUGUCGAUCAUUGGCGUCCGAUGAAGCAAACAGUUAAGGACUAUGUUGAUCUUGUGGCCGGCAAGUACCCUUUUUGGAACCGAAGCUUGGGAGCCGAUCACUUCACUGUCGCUUGCCACGAUUGGGGUCCGGAAUUAUCAAAAGCGGUUCCGUACCUAUUCAAGAACUCUAUCCGAGCUCUAUGCAAUGCGAAUACCUCAGAAGGGUUUAAUCCCUCGAAAGACGUUUCAAUCCCGGAAAUCUUACUUCCAGACGGAACGACACGAGGGAUAUUGAACGGGCCCUCCCCAAGGAACCGGCCCGUUCUAGCGUUCUUCGCUGGUGGGGUCCAUGGUCCAAUCAGGCCGAUACUUCUAGAGCACUGGCAAGACAAGGACCCCGACGUGCAAGUCCACAAAUACCUUCCGAAGGGCGUUUCAUACAUGGGUAUGAUUAGACAAAGCAAAUAUUGCAUUUCCCCGAGCGGGUAUGAAGUCGCGAGCCCACGAAUGGUGGAAGCGCUUUAUACCGGUUGUGUGCCGGUGCUCAUCAAAGACCAUUAUGUGGCCCCGUUUAGCGACGUCCUAAAUUGGAAAUCUUUUGCGGUUAUACUCGCGGUUGAGGAUAUCCCGAACCUUAAAAACAUCUUAACUAAAAUAUCCACGAGACAAUAUCUAAGAAUGCAACGGAGGGGGAAACAAGUCCGAAGACAUUUCGAGGUCAAUUUUCCUCCGAAAAGGUACGAUGUUUUUCAUAUGAUACUUCAUUCGGUUUGGCUUCGAAGAUUAAACAUUCAAAUUCAAGGGGUUUCUGAUUCUUGACGGGUACGAUAAAAUGGAACCUGCGAGACUUGAUUUUGGUUGUUCUUUUAUUUGGGCCAAAUGGUGCAUAGUAGGAAACUGGAGGGGGUAUUUUGUAACUUUAUAUAAUGAAAAAACGGGUCGGGUUUUUUGUAGUGUUUUUUUAAAAAAAUAUUCAUUGUUAAAAAAUAGGCUGUUUGUUUCUUGCAAGUGUUGUAAAUGACCCGCCCGUAUUUGUUGGGUCGGGUUCAAGAUUAGUGACUUGUUGGAUGUCUGGGGUAAAUAGACCGUUAAUGGCAUGGUAAAAUCAGGGAUGGAUCACACGGUGGCACGUGUCAUCGUAUUAUUUUUUCGUGGAAAAGUAAAAAAAAUUAGGUUCGUGAAAGGUGUAAUUGUGUUAAUUUGUUUUGUGCUACCGUAUUUUGAAAC